AGAGCUUUAAAAAGGCAGGGGAGGCUGGACCCGCAGUUUUGUUUGGUUCCGAUUUACGCGCACCGCGUGCCCCCACACCCGCCUUGAUCUCUUCGUGCGGGUUUCCUUCCGCUGUGGCACUCGAGUUAGGGGCGAGUGUGUGUGUGUGUGUAGCUGUCUAGCUAGCUGCUGGGGUCCCUCGGCCUCGGCCCGCUCGGCUCCGCCGCCACCGCCCAGCAGAGACGCGCGCGCAGCCAGCUCCCGCGGGGAUGGAGCAGACCGAGGUGCUGAAGCCGCGCACCCUGGCCGAUCUGAUCCGCAUCCUGCACCAGCUCUUCGCCGGCGAGGAGGUCAACGUGGAGGAGGUGCAGGCCGUGCUAGAAGCCUACGAGAGCGAUCCCGCCGAGUGGGGAAUGUACGCCAAGUUCGACCAGUACAGGUAUACCCGAAAUCUUGUGGAUCAAGGAAAUGGAAAAUUUAAUCUAAUGAUUCUAUGUUGGGGUGAAGGACAUGGCAGCAGUAUCCAUGAUCACACGGACGCUCACUGCUUUCUGAAGAUGCUGCAGGGAAAUCUAAAGGAGACAUUAUUUGCCUGGCCUGACAAAAAGUCCAAUGAGAUGAUCAAGAAAUCUGAAAGAACCUUGAGGGAAAACCAGUGUGCCUACAUCAACGAUUCCAUUGGCUUACAUCGAGUAGAGAAUAUUAGCCAUACGGAACCUGCUGUGAGCCUUCACUUGUACAGCCCACCUUUUGAGACAUGCCAUGCCUUUGAUCAGAGAACAGGACAUAAAAACAAAGUCACCAUGACAUUCCAUAGCAAAUUUGGAAUCAAGACUCCAUUUACAACUUCAGGAUCACUGGAGAACAACUAAGGAGGACCAGAUCCUCUGAGCUUUUACUUUAAGAUCUGCUGAAAGUUUUGCCUUGGACACUAGGGCUUCCCACCAUUUGCUGUCCAAUAGUAUACUUUACAAAGCCAAUACUUAGAUCUCCGGUAAGGCAGAUGCUAAUUCUAGGGCGUUAAGUAAGCACAUAGUGCCCUGAGCUACUGCAGAAGAAAAAUCCCAUUUAAAAAAAAAAAAAAAGGCUUGUGACUUUUAAAGGCCAAAUCAAGUGCUCUCCUGUAAUUAACAAUAAAUAAAAACCAGAAACCAUAGACAUCAAAUGCCAGCCUUGUUACUCGGAGGACUAAAUGUAGAUGUCUUUAAUAUACUUUGUAUGUUCUUAAUAUUUGAAGAGGAUUUUUUGAAUCUGUGGAUUUUAUUUUUUCAAUCUUAUUAUUUUACAAGUUCCUUUUCUAUAAAUAGUAGGGUAUUGUAGAUAAACUUCAGACUCUUUGCCGUUUGGUAAGGAAAUGAAGGGCAGAAGAUUUAGAAAAGUACAUGUACCCAAACCCGCAACAAGCCAAAUAUAUAAACUCGUAUUUUUUGUGUCCAGUGGUUAUAGUCAAAGACUUUGUGCUAUUACCAAAAUUGCCAAAUAAUUUUAAUAAAGCUGAAUUUGAAUACAA